ACGGAUAGAGGAGGGGCUGGACCGUGGCGCGGGGUGGAGGGCAGGACGGAUUGAACGAAGCCUGGCAGCUGUGCUUUGGAAAACCCACUUCUCCAAUAAUAAAGUUUGACUACAUUCUUCUUACCGAACGGAAGAAUUCACAGAAUAGAUUCGCCAAUUUUUCUCAGUUUUUUUUUUUUUACCAUUGGGGAAAUGACUAAACCAUCAGACUUUUAGGAGAAAAUACAUUGGAAAGUGUCGCUCAACUUUCCACACAGGAAGCAAGGUCUAACUGCAGAUUGCGGACGACUCAGAUGCUCAGAACAUGGAGCUGAACAGAGGAGAAGUACCUCUAUAUGGCCAGGUGGAGGUCCGUGCUGUGUUACAGGUUCCAGAUCUGGACAGGGAACCAGAACAGACAGAGUUCUAUGUGGUUCUAGAAGGUUCCAGACUAGCCCAUGUUGCUGUAGUUAAGAGAGCGGAGGAUGGAGAGUCUCUUUGCUUCACAGUUCCUGGUCACGACCUCCAAGAGACCGCCUCUGUCACAGUGUAUCGUCACACAGAGGACGGAGCCAAGCCUUGUGGAGGCGGGGCCUCCCUGAGGUACGUCUGUGAUUUGCCACAGGAAGUGGCCGAGUACCUGCUAGCCAACAGCGACUCUUUGAGUCCCCAGAGCCACCUGGAGGUUCUGAGGAGGGUCUCAGCAGCUCCAGGGGAGGGGGACAUGGAGGGUGACAUGAGCGCUGGUCCAGGAAAGGAGCACUCUCUGGGGCAGACAGACCAGGAGGAGGAGGGGGUUAGAGGUGGGAGACCCAGACCUGAUCCACAGAUAGAGUGUCAUCUCAGGGAGAUGGAUGAGAGGAUAACCCAGGCCGUGGCUAACCUGAACUACCCUCUGGAGUGGAGCGGCAAGGCCAGCCAACCUAGAGAAGAGUUCCUGCCCAGGGAGGCUCUCCUCCACCUCUCAGUGCGUCUGGGUUUGCUCCAUCUCUCCCGCUUUCUGAUUGGCCAGCCUAUGGGUCAGAGGGCACUGACCAUGCCCAAUGAGGAGGGGGAAACACCCCUCCAGCUGGCUCAGAGGAGAGGAGACCACUCCCUCUUUAUGGCACUCGCUACUUCACCUUUCCCUCAGAGGUCUCCCCUUGUCGGGGUGUGGUGUGUAUGGGCAGAUAGCACCCGUGUACUGAGGUUCUGUCCUGGAUCUGACUGCCUCUCCCUCACCUUCCUGGGGGGCCCCGAGAGCAGUGUUCUGGGCAACAUCCUGGUCCUCAGAGAGAAACUGAUGGACCACAACAUCCUCAGACAGAUCUCAGCACUGAGAGGUGAUGUUCAGAUGGAGGACAGUUACGGAUUGGACGUCCAUAGAAGUGAUGCCAGUGACGGAGGUCUGGGCAGGGGGCUGCCAGUUAGAUACCUUACUCUGGUGGAUAGUGUUUUUGAAGAUCAGCUUGUUCUCUCUCUGGAUGAUGAUGAGGAGCUUCCAACGUUACAAACAGUAAAGUCCCAGACGACCCACCCCAGAGGAACCCAGAGACAGUUCUCUCACUCUGCUGCUGCAGACACAUUAGCCUCCAUCAUCAAUGGCAGGAGUCAGCUCGACACAGAGGUGGAUGACCUAAGGGCUAAUGUCAGUGUUGCUGGGAUAACGAGGGACAGCUCUGUGACUGUCAGCAGGGUGUGGGACUCGGUGGCCUCAGAGUGCCUGCUCCAGGCCACCUCCACCUCUCUACCUCCAUUGGGACUAGAGGAACAACAGUCCCCCUCCAUCUCUCACUCCCCCUCUCCCUCACCUUCCCCCGCUGACCGAGCCCUCGCCCGACUCAACAGCAACUCCCACUCUUACCUAACCAAUCAGAGAGGGAGCCCGCCUCUGGAAUCUCCUGACCUCAGCCCCAGUCUGGUAGCUCUAGUGAUGGACAGUGAGGGAGAUGAGGAGGGGUUCCUGGUGAAGUCUUCCCUCUCUCCCAUCUCUCCCCUGACCUCUGACGCUCGUAGCAGCGGGGACGACACCUCCCCAGACCUCACCUGCACACGCACACACUCCGUGUCCUCAGACGGCGACCCCCCGCAAAGGUACCAGGCUGAAGAUAUGGGCAACCAGGGGAUCAGACACCGCUCCUACUCCUACUCCUCCCCCAAGAUCAGCCUGCUGCCCCCCCGCUUCUCCCGCAAAACCUUAGCCACGCCUGCGACCUCUGACCUCAGCCCAGAACAGAGAACAUUGAGUCUAUCAGAGCAGCCUCUCGAAAAAAGGGAGUUAAGAUUUCGUAAGCGUGCCCAGUCUGCAGACGAUGAGGGCAGCGUUGAGCUGGCAGAGUCCCUUCAACACCUCACCCUCUCAGAGUUCCUCAAAGAAAUUGAAGAGGAGGAGUGGGACAAGUACAACAUCCCCUCCAAGGUGGAGUCAGAGAAAUACAAAGUGAUUCGUACCUUCAGCUUCCUCAAGAGCAGGAUGUCCACCACUCGCAACAAGAACAAGGGAAAGGGGAAGGAGAAGGAGAGAGAGAAGGGGAAGGAGAAGGAGAGAGAGAAGGAAGGGACAGAUAAGGACAAACAGCAGAAUGGACAUCGUUUCUCCACGGGUUCCUGUGCUGGUCCCACCGUCUGUCUGGUCUGUGACAAACCUGCUACGGGCAAGGACCUUCUGCACUGCUCCUGUUGUACAGUCAUGGUCCAUAAGGGUUGUAAGGACUCUGCUCCCCCGUGUCUAAAGAAACUUCAGGAUAAGUAUGCAGUUACUAUGGUGAAGAACCGAACAGCAUCCCUCCCGCAGAACUUCACAGUGCGAGACAGUCCCUCUCCAUGUCCGAUCUCCACCUCAGCCUCUCUACCUAUGAUGAGCCAGAGGGACAAGAGGGAAACAGCUUCCCUCCUCAACCCCCUCUCCAGGAGCGUCCCUUCUGCCACAGACAGGCUUAGUGAGAGUCCAGAGGCGGAGUCUGACAGCAGGUGGUGUCCUGGCCAAUCAGAGGAGCUUCUGCAGACCACCGAGUCGUCCACGUCCACUGACUCCUCCGUCGGAGAAGACUGUGUGGACGCUAGUCUCCAUGGUGACCUGGAUGCUGAUGCUCUAGACUACAAGGCUGAGUCUUGGAGUCUGACGGUGGAACACACGUUCUGUAAGAAGCAGGACAAACGGGUGGUCAAGAGGCAGGAUGUUAUCUAUGAGUUGAUGCAGACAGAGAUGCACCACCUCCAGACACUGAGGAUCAUGGCUGAGGUGUUUCGGCGAGGGAUGAGGGAGGAGGUUCAGUUGGAUGCGGGCGCCGUGGACCGUGUCUUUCCUUGUCUGGAUGAACUCCUCCUCCUCCACCACAACCUCUUCAACGCCAUGAGGGAACGCCGCCACAGCUCCGCCAAGCCACAUGGGGACAGGAACUACGUCAUAGUACGCAUCGGAGACAUCCUGUUGCAACAGUUUUCUGAAGACAGUGCAGAGAGGAUGAAACAGGUGUAUGGAGAGUUCUGCAGCCAUCACACGGAGGCAGUCACCUUCUUCAAAGAGUUACAGCAGCACAACAAACGAUUUCAGACCUUCAUCAAGCAACAAAGUAAUAACUAUUUGGUCCGGAGGAGAGAGAUCCCAGAAUGCAUCUUGUUGGUGACCCAGAGGAUCACUAAGUACCCUGUUCUGCUGGAGAGGAUUCUACAGUACACUCAGGUGGACAGUGAGGAGCACAUGGACCUUUCCAGAGCCCUGGUUCUGAUCAAGGAAGUGAUCGCGGCAGUUGACCUGAUGGUCAGUGAGUUUGAGCAGGGUCAGCGGUUACAGGAUGUUCUGAACAGGAUGGAGAAUCGGAGCUUUGCCAAGCUGAAGAACGGGCACACCUUCAGAAAGCAGGAUGUUCUGGGGCCAGGCCAGACCCUCAAACACCAGGGCCUGUUACUGUGGAAGACCGCCACCGGACGACUCAAAGAUGUCAUGGCUCUCCUUCUGACAGACACACUGAUCUUCCUCCAGGAGAAAGACCAAAAGUUCAUAUUCGCUGCUGUGGACCAGAAGCCCCCAGUGAUCUCUCUCCAGAAGCUGAUCGUCAGAGAGGUAGCCAAUGAAGAGAGAGGGAUGUUUCUGAUCAGUGCGUCGGCCGCAGGGCCAGAGAUGUACGAGGUCCACACUUCCUCGAAAGACGAACGCAACACCUGGAUGAGACUAAUCAGAGAGGCAGUAGAGAGCUGUCCAGAGGAAGAGGAGGAGAACACUAAUGAGUCAGAAGAGGAGAGAAGAACAGCUGAGGCCAGAGUCCAGAAGAUACACAAACUACAGGAGACCCUAUCCAGUCAGGAUUAUCAGAUAUGCUCCAGUCUGGAGGAGAAGCUACAGAUCUAUGCUGAACUGUCUGUCCUGAGGGGCGAGGCCCAGGAACCACACCCUGAGCCACACCUACUGGUCCAGCCAAACCCAGAGGAGGUGCCCCAGGCUGCAGUACUGCUUACUGCCGCACUCAGAGAGGCUGAGAACCUGAGGACCACUCUGUCCUCGCUGACCUUUUCCCCCUUCAGCCCUUGCAGCCCUCCCAGGGACCCCCUGUCCCACCCUGUGUCCCCAGCCUGCCCUCCUACCCCCCUGGACAUCCCCUCAGUUGCGGAGGCCUCACUUGGGGACCCUAAUACCAGUGAUGGGGAGUCAGCCUCCCAAGUCCUUGUACUGCAGUCUCUGACUAAUAAUAUCAACCUUAAGGUGUCCCACAGUGUCCAAAGCUUGACCCAGUUACUCUAUAGUCUACAGGCGGCGGUAACCAUCCAAGACAGUUUCUACGAGGUUCAGAAGUUCCUCCUCCAUGAGAGUGACCGCCACUCCCCCCGCUCUCCGAGACCACACACCCCAUGUCUCCGUGGCAACGCUCUGCAGGAGCAGGAGAAGCAACGUAACCUGGAGAAGCGCCGUGAGGAGGUGGCGGCAGCGGUACGGUUGCAGGGCAGGCUGCACCAGGAGAGACAGCGGUGGGAGAGGGAGUGCCAGGCGCGCCACAGCCAACAGGGGGAGCUGGAGAGCAGGCUGGAGGAGAGGGAGAGACAGUGCCACCUGGAGGCUGAGAGGCUGAAACAGGAGCGGGAAGAGCUGGAGGAGCAGCUGGAGGAGUACCAGCAGAGCCUGGAGAGGCUGAGAGAGAGUCAGAGGAGUGUGGAGAAGGAGAGGGAGAGGCUGGAGACCCAGCAGAACCUGCUGCAGAGCUGGAGACACAGCCGACAGAGGAGCCUGCCUGUCAUGGUCAUACCCCUGGACCGCUGUCAUCAGGACUCACUUCCUGGCCAGCCUGGAGGCCAUCUUGACAACGGCGGCUCAGUCUUUGUCAACGAGGCAGCGGUCACCACGGCAAUGGGGCUCAACAACCGCCAUGUGCACCACAACCUGCAGCAGCAGCAGAGAGGGUACGGAGAUGACCCUCGAGCCCACAACAGCCUGAACACCCUACUGGCCCGCUCCAGCCACGGACAGACACUCCAACUCCACCCUGACACACACACACCGGGGGGCACCGGUGUCACCGGGUACCUCUACACACCCACAGUGGGACAGGGCUCUGAGCAGAAACCCAACGAUAUAAACACACACAGCAAAGUGAGGGAGACGUGGUCAAUGAUGGCAACAGCGGCUGGACAAUAUCAGGGUGUACCCCCACAUGGAGAUCCCCAACUGGACCUGUCCUUCUUGGUUCCCCUGGAGACGGAGAGUGGGGAUGGGGAGGACGUGGGAGAGGAGAACAUUGUGUACCUCUGAGGCUGAACCCCCUGAGUCAAAACCAGGACUUAAAUCUGGAAUCCUUAAUGGUGAAACUGCCACAUCCGUUUGGGAUAUUACAACAACUAAGAAGUUACUGCAAACAACAAACACCGUUUUUUCCCCCUUGGACAUAAUUCGAAUCACAGAUUUAACAUGAAUAUAUGAAGGCUCCGAAUACAAGAUUGGACAGUAAAUAUCUAGGCCUAUUGUAUAUCAACAAGGUUUAAAGAAGUAACAGGACUGGCACAUACAGAAAUCUCUCAUGCUUUGUCUCUCUGCCCCGCCAUGUCUGUGCCAGGUACCCUCCAUAUGUGUCGCCAAGUGUUGUCAAUGAGAAACACUUUUAUAGUGCUACAUGUUUAUGUGUCCAUAUGUGCAGUGUGUGUGUGUGUGUAACUUCAUCCACUGUGUGUGUGUGUGUGUCUCUGUUGAGAGUUCAACUCCAGGGCUGCCAUCGGGCCUGUGUGCCUGAGGCCCUCCAAUGACAGUUACCCUGACCAACCCUGCUGCCUGCCUUCCCUCUCUCUCCUCACCCCUGUAUCUCUCUGUAUCCUUGCCCCACAAAGUCUGCUUCAGUCUACCUCUCGUUUUCUCCCUUAUCCUCUAAGCCCAAUCUCUCCAAGACUAUUUAUUAGGCUCUCCCAGAAUGAAAUGCUGAGGAGAGUCUUUUCUAUGUUACCGCAGGGGGAAAGAGAGAGAGCAGAGAGGGGCUGGUAUCACUGUAGAAUCAGGCUGAAUAUGUCUGGCCAGGAAAUAAACAGCUGCUCGCCCAUUCAUCAGACAAGCUCUAUUUAGAAGGCGAGCGGGAUUCUGCAAACACAUUAGUCAUGAAGGAUGAGGUGAAGCACCAUGAUCAGAAGGGAUUUGGUCCCUUGGUUUCUCAGACUGUCUGGCUCUGGCUACGCCCGGACAGCAUCAUUUGUUUUUACCCGAAGGACUUUUUAUUGUUUUGAAAGAGUGUAAAGGUAUUGUGGUUUUAGGAAUGAUGUUGUGACUGUAGCAAUAUAUCAAUACAAUAUAGGACACUGCACUACUCUGCCUAUAUAAAGUACCUAUUUUAUUAGGGUCAAACGCAUAUAGUGGUCAAAAACCAUAGGACAGAACAUUUCUAUACUUUCAAUGACCUUUGCUUUUAAAAAUGGUUUUAAGUAUCCAAUCAGGGACAGUGCACUGUAUAUGUGAAGCAUACCAAAUAUGGCCACAUCUCUUCUGCAUGAUAACAUUUUUUUUUACAUCGUUUUAAAUGUUUUAAUGUUUAAAUAUUCCUUCUAAGGCACAUAUUUCAUAGGCACAUGAUUUAUUCCAGUGUGUGUUCAGUUACUUUAAGAUUUUGUCUUAUGUAAAGUUACCUUACUAAUGCAUGUGUAGUAAUAGUAGCUGGAUAGUCAGCCUGGUAUCAGUUUAUAUCAGUGGAGGUUCCAUAGAGGAGGAAGGGGAGGACCAUCCUCCUCAGUGAAUUUAAUAAAAAUAAAAAUAGUGAAACAUUGAAAAUGUAAUCCUUUAUAUAAAAAAAUAUACUAAAUCUAUUCACGUCACCAAAUAGUUGAUUAAAACACACUGUUUUUCUAUAUAGGUCUACAGUAGCCUCAACAGCACUCAGUAGGGUAACACCAUGGAGUAGCCAUAGGACAGCUCGUUUCCAUCCUCCUCUGGGUACAUUGUUUUAUUAUUUUUGUAUUUGAUUAUUUUACACUUAUUUUACCAGGUAAUUUGACUGAGAACACAUUCUCAUUACAGCUAAAACCUGGGGAACAGUUACAGGGGAGAGGAAUUACACCAAUACAAAACUUAUAGACUUACACAGUAAUAAUGACAACUUCCGGAGAAUGUCCUCCAAUCUAUCAGAGCUCUUGUAGCAUGAACUGACAUGUUGUCCACCCAAUCAAAGGAUCAGAGAAUGAAUCUAGCACUGAAAGCAUAAGCUACAGCUAGCUAGCACAGCAGUGCAUAAAUUGUGGUGAGUAGUUGACUCAAAGAGAAAGACAAUAGCUGACCAGUUUAUAACAAAUUAAUUUCUUAAAAAAUGAAGGAGAAGCAAGAGAGAGAGCUAUAUUUCUCGUUGUAAUGUUUUCACGUUCACUUUCACUUACUUAGCUAGCGAAUGCAGCUAGCUAGUUUAGCCUACUCAAACACCCAGCUCAAACAGGGAGGGAUGCUAUGUUAGUUAGCUGGCCAAAACUGGAAUUCUUCCAAGUCAACGUAAACUUUUGGUUUUAUUAAUUUAUUGCCACCUGGGCCCACUGGUGUAACUGCUAAACUGCUUGCUGUACACUGUACUGCGUGAUUCUCCCGGGUUUACUAACGCGUUAGUUCUCGUAGCCAUAUUGACUAGCUAUUACAUUAGCUACUAUGGUGACAAUGAUGUAAGCUGUGUGUAGCAGUUAGUGGUUAUAAUAUGAAGGUUUGGCUUGGAUUUUUUUUGUUGCCUGGUCACAGACAGCUGGUGUGUUGUGCACUGCAGUCCACAAGUGAAGGGAAAAGGUGAGAGGAGGAGAGUGCGUAGAUGUGAGAAGGAAUACAACAAGUAAAGUAAUCAUGCUGUUUGUAUGUGGCUGCUAUGAAAGUGAACUGUGUUUAUGUGUGAUCAGGGAUGCGUGUAUUCAUUCCUCCGAUUCUGUAAGCAAACGGAAUGAAACAUGGAUAAAAAUACCUGAAUUUGUUUGCAACUGUUGGACUAAUGAUUACACCCUAGAUCAGCUAGAUGCAGGCAAGAGUGUGCGGUAUUAAAUGUGUCACUGUCUGUCACCUUGAUUACUCAAAUCUUUCUCUCGACCUGUACACCUACGCUACAUGACCAAAAGUAUGUGGACACCUGCUUAUUGAACAUCUCAUUCCAAAAUCAUGGGCAUUAAUAUGGAGUUGGUCCACCCUUUGCUGCUAUAACAGCCUCCACUCUUCUGGGAAGGCUUUCCACUAGAUGUUAGAACAAUGCUGCAGAGACUUUUUUCCAUUCAGCCACGAGCAUUAGUGAGGUCAGGCCCUGAUGUUGAACGAUUAGACCUGGCUCGCAGUUGUUGUUCCAAUUCAUCCCAAAGGUGUUUGAUGGAGUUGAGGUCAGGGCUCUGUACAGGCCAGUCAAGUUCUUCCACACCAAUCUCGACAAACCAUUUCUAUAUGGACCUUGCUUUGUGCACGGGGUAUUGUCAUGAUGAAACAGGAAAGGGCCUUCCCCAAACUGUUGCCACAAAGUUGGAAGCACAGAAUCGUCUAGAAUGUCAUUGCAUGCUGUAGUGUUAAGAUUUCCCUUCACUGAAACUAAGGGGCCUAGCCAGAACCACGAAAAACAGCCCCAGCCCAUUAUUCCUCCUCCACCCAACUUUACAGUUGGCACUAUGCAUUGGGGCAGGUAGCGUUCUCCUGGCAUCCGCCAAACCCAGAUUCGUCUGUAUAACUGUCAGAUGGUGAAGCGUGAGUCAUCACUGCAGAGAACGCGUUUCCACUGCUCCAGAGUUCAAUGGCUGCGAGCUUUACACCACUCCAGCCGAUGCUUGGCAUUGCGCAUGAUGAUCUUAGGCAUGUGUGCUGAUGCUCAGCCAUGGAAACCCAUUUCAUAAAGCUCCCAACAAACAGUUAUUGUGCUGACGUUGCUUCCAGAGGCAGUUUGUAACUCGGUAGUGAGUUUUGCAACCGAGGACAGAUGAUUUUUAUGCACUUCAGCACUCUGUGGUCCCAUUCUGUGAGCAUGUGUGGCCUACGACUUCGUGGCUGAGCCGUGGCUGAGCCACUUCACAAUAACAGAUCUUACAGUUGACUGGGGCAGCUCUAGCAUGGCAGACAUUUGUUGGAACUGAUUUGUUGGGAAGGUGGCAUCCUAUGACGGUGCUAGGAUGGUGCCACAUUGAACAUCACUGAGCUCUCCAUUAAGGCCAUUCUACUGGCAAUGUUUGUCUAUGGAGAUUGCAUGGCUGUGUGCUCGAUUUUAUACAUUUGUCAGCAGCGGGUGUGGCUGAAAAAGCCGAAUCCACUAAUUUGAAGGGGUGUCCACAUACUUCAGUAUAUAUGUUUGUAAACUUCAUAGGCUAGGUUGUGGCAACCUCAUGAUGGUAUAGGGAACAUUUCAGUAUAAUGUGUAGUAGCCUAAAGCUUUCAAUGUUACAUUGAGCUGGGUGAGUGGAAUAUGAAUGACAGUCAUCCAGUAUGCUGUAAUAGAAAUAAGGCCAUGCCCAUAGAAAAAAUGUGCAUCCUCCCUUAUCUUAAACGGCACCGACCGCCACUGGUUUUAUGCAUCACAUUGUAGUAGUAGUUGGGUAGUCAGCCUGGUAUCAAUUUAUAUGCAUCACAUUGUAGAAGUAGUUGGGUAGUCAGCCUGGUAUCAAUUUAUAUGCAUCACAUUGUAGAAGUAAUUGGGUAGUCAGCCUGGUAUUAAUUUAUAUGCAUCACAUUGUAGAAGUAAUUGGGUAGUCAGCCUGGUGUCGGUUUAUAUGCAUCAUAUUGUGAUGCAUCACAUCUUUUUUCAAAAUAUGAUGCGUAGCAAUGUUAUCAUGUUUGGGUAGUAGCCUAUGGUUGAAAGAUGACUGAUGGAAUGACUCUUCUAAGCACCUAAACGGUAACCUUGCUUUCUACUCAGAGCUCUAACAUUAUACUUGAAUAUUCAUGUGCUACUUUACUACCAACAUGUUGUUUUGUUUAUUAAUGGCCUUUGACGUCCUGAAAGUCAGUCUUUAGCUGUCCCACAGCCACCAUUAAAAACACAACACAAAUAAGACAGUAGACCUAAAGGACCAUGUAGGGGGAAUCCCAAAUGAUACCCUAUUUGCUAUACAGUAUAGUGUUUGACCAUGGCCUAUGGGGCUCUGGUGAAUAGUAGUGCAUAAUAUAGAGAAUAAGCUGUCAUUUAGAAGUCUGCCGUAGUAUCCAGGUAGUGUAAUAGGUAGCUUCAUCUGCAUAAAACACCACAAUGGUUAUGUUGGACAGCAAAUGACUUGUAUGUGUAUAUUUCAGUGCCUUUAUUUAUUUAUUGUAGAUUUAUAUAGUUGUUUUACAUACUCUUUGUUGGGUUAUGUUGUUAUGUUGUAAUAUAAAUGGAUUUGUCUUAUGAGAACAGCUGUAUAUCUUAUGACUGUAACUGUUAUGCAUUAAAACUUGAUCAUAACACUGA